CUCGAUUCAAGUCUCUUUAUCAGCAAUUGACGGUCUGUUAUCACGUGUACAAGUCGUCGACAACCAAAUCCAUCCAAUCAGUCGUCAUCGAGUUUACACCAAGAAUACAUAAAGACCAAAUCAGUUUAUGAUUAGAAGCCAGUCUGCAAGAAGCCAACAUGUUGGGACCGAAAAUUUUAAGAUCAGGCCGAUUAUUGGCUUUUAAUGGAAUCGGGUUUUAUAGGAUUCCAGGUCAAGUGGUUGCCUUGAGACCUACUGAAAUUGCCAGAGCUGCUUCGACAACUUCAGGACUUUGGUUACCUAAAUUAACACAAGAAAACCACGAAAAAAGGGCGCUCCAAUUCACGGAUAAACGCCAAUCGACCUUCACCGAUCGAAGCCAAUUGAAAUAUGCGAGAAGGUUGGUUGUUAAAUUGGGAAGUGCCGUUAUCACCAGGGAAGAUGAACAUGGACUUGCUCUUGGAAGAUUGGCUUCAAUUGUUGAACAAGUUGCUGAAUGUCAAAACGAAGGUCGUGAAUGUAUAAUGGUAACCAGUGGUGCUGUAGCAUUCGGAAAGCAGAAAUUAACGCAAGAAUUAUUAAUGUCUUUGUCGAUGAGAGAAACUUUAUCGCCAACGGACCAUACAAGAGAGGAUGCCGGAACAAUGUUGGAACCAAGAGCUGCAGCGGCGGUCGGUCAAUCUGGACUUAUGUCGCUCUACGACGCUAUGUUUUCCCAAUACGGUGUUAAAAUAGCUCAAGUUUUGGUUACAAAACCCGAUUUUUAUAAUGAAGAAACUAGAAGGAAUUUGUUUAGUACUCUUUCAGAAUUGAUCAGCUUAAACAUCGUUCCAAUUAUUAACACCAACGAUGCUGUAUCUCCACCACCUCAAGUUGACGAACCAAUUGGAGGAAAAAGCGGAAAGAGAGGAAUCAGUAUUAAAGACAAUGACAGUUUAGCUGCUAUGUUAGCUGCUGAGGUUCAAGCUGAUUUCUUAAUUUUAAUGUCUGACGUCGAUGGUAUUUAUAAUAAACCACCAUGGGAAGAAGGAGCAAGAUUAAUCCACACUUUCACAUCCGAUAUGAGAAAUAAUAUUCAAUUUGGUCAAAAAUCAAAAGUUGGAACUGGUGGAAUGGAUUCAAAGGUUAACGCGGCCACGUGGGCUUUAGAUAGAGGUGUUAGCGUGGUUAUCUGCAAUGGUAUGCAAGAAAAAGCAAUCAAAACGAUUCUUAGCGGACGUAAAAUUGGCACAUUCUUCACCGAAACCAACUUGGGAGGAACCGUUCCAACAGAAGUUGUUGCUGAAAAUGCAAGAAAAGGUGGAAGAGUCCUUCAAACUUUAACGCCCGAACAAAGAGCUUCUUGCGUUCACACCUUAGCUGAUUUAUUAGUCUCGAAACAAUCAGAAAUUCUCGAUGCAAACCAAAAAGACUUAAACGAAGCCACCAAAUCAGGUUUAGCUAAACCUUUAUUAUCUCGACUUUCAUUAACACCAGCUAAACUUAAGAAUUUAGCUGUUGGUUUGAAACAAAUCGCAGAUGACAGUCAUAAUAACGUAGGAAGAGUUUUGAGAAAAACCAAAUUAGCUAAUGGUUUAGAACUAAAACAAAUUACAGUUCCCAUUGGUGUUUUGAUGGUUAUUUUCGAAUCCAGACCGGAUUCCUUACCCCAAGUAGCAGCUUUAGCCAUUGCUUCCGGUAAUGGUUUACUUCUUAAAGGUGGUAAAGAAGCUGCUCACAGCAACAGAGCUCUUAUGGAACUCGUAAAAGAAGCUUUAGCUACCGUUGGAGCAAACAACGCGAUUUCUUUAAUUUCAACCCGCGAAGAAAUCGGGGAUUUACUCUCCAUGGAACAACAUAUUGAUCUGAUCAUUCCACGUGGAUCCAGCGAAUUAGUCAGAAGCAUCCAAUCUCAAAGUCAACAUAUCCCAGUUAUGGGACACGCUGAAGGUAUUUGCCAUGUCUACAUUGACAAAGAUGCCGAUUUACAAAAAGCUUUGAGAAUUAUCCGUGACGCUAAAUGUGAUUAUCCAGCUGCUUGUAAUGCUAUGGAAACUUUACUCAUUCAUCAAGACUUAAUGGAAGGUGAUUUCUUCUCUGAAGUUUGUAAUAUGUUGAAAAAGGAAGGUGUUAAAAUUAAUUCUGGACCAAGACUUGCCGAACUUCUUACUUUUGGACCACCACCAGCUAAAUCGAUGAAACAUGAAUAUGGCGCUUUAGAAUGUUGUAUUGAAGUAACAAAAGAUGUUGAUUCGGCUAUUGAUCAUAUUCAUGCUUAUGGAAGUGGUCAUACUGAAGUUAUUGUUACCGAAAAUAGAGAGAGAGCUCAAGAUUUCCAACGUAAAGUCGACAGUGCUUGCGUAUUCCAUAACGCUUCAUCAAGAUUCGCCGAUGGUUUUAGAUUUGGAUUAGGUGCUGAAGUCGGUAUAAGUACUGCCAGAAUUCACGCUAGAGGUCCCGUUGGAGUUGAAGGUCUUUUGACCACCAAAUGGGUGCUGACCUCAGAAGAUGGUCAUGCCGCCGCCGAUUUUGCCGAUGGUGGGAAAUGUACGUGGCUUCACGAAUCGCUUCCCCUUAAUUAAGACCUUAGGAAUAAUGUAUUUAAAGCUAGUUUUAUUCCUACGUCAACUAACUCGUAAUUUACAUCGAAAGCAAUCUUAGAAAAAUUUUUGCCCCAUUACCUAAAAACAAUAUUGUAGAUAUUUGUAUAUGUUUUUAAACGUUUCGUUAUCGAAAUUAUUUUAUAUAUUAAGAUUUUAAUGGUUAAAUAAAAUAUUUUUAA